GCAGGAUGGGGAGGAGAGAGCACCAACAGGGAGGCUUGGGGAGCCAGUCAUGCCUACCCUAACCUCAACCACAGACUGAUACCUACAGGGCAGUGAGAAGAAAGAACAGUUCGCCACGGGGCUACCAAAGAACUCUCAAGCAGGGACCUUCGAGUGAAGUUGAUGGAAGACAAAUGGGGUCCUCACAGCCUAUUCUCCAGGGGCGGGAGGACAAACUUUCUUCAGGCAACUAAGGUUCAGACAAUGAAUUACGUGGGGCAGUUGGCCGGCCAGGUGUUUGUGACCGUGAAGGAGCUCUACAAGGGACUGAACCCUGCCACGCUGUCAGGAUGUAUUGACAUCAUCGUCAUCCGCCAGCCCAAUGGCAGCCUGCAGUGCUCUCCUUUCCAUGUCCGCUUCGGAAAGAUGGGUGUCCUGCGUUCCCGGGAGAAAGUGGUGGACAUAGAAAUCAACGGGGAGUCUGUGGACCUGCACAUGAAGUUGGGAGACAAUGGAGAAGCGUUUUUCGUUCAAGAGACUGAAAAUGAUCAGGAAGUCGUCCCCACAUACCUGGCCACGUCCCCCAUUCUGUCGGAAGGAGCGUCUCGAAUGGAGAGCCAGCUGAAAAGGAACUCGGUGGAUAGGAUCAGGUGCUUGGAUCCCUCCACGGCUGCCCAGGGCCUGCCUCCCAGCGACACCCCGUCCACUGGAUCUCUGGGGAAGAAGAGAAGGAAGCGGAGGAGGAAGUCUCAGCUGGACAAUCACAAGAGAGACGAGAGUGUCAACACGUCUGAGGAUGAGGACAUGUUUCCCAUAGAGAUGAGCUCUGACGAGGACACGGCAUCAAUGGACGGGGGCAGAACCCUUCCUAAUGAUGCACCACCAUUCCAGGACGAUAUUCCUAAGGAAAGCCUCCCCUCAAUUUCACCGCACCCCCAGUCAGCAUCAUACCCCAAUUCAGACAGAGAAUGGUCCCCCAGCCCCAGCAGCCUGGCAGAUUGCCAGAGGACCCCCCCUCACCUUGCAGUAGUGGACGAGGGAGUUCUUUCUAGCUCUUGCCCUCCGCAGUCUUCCCACUUGCAUGCUUCGGAAAGUCCUGCAGGCUCCCGUCCCUCAACACCCAAGAGUGAUUCUGAGUUGGUCAGUAAGUCUUCGGACAGGUCGACACCAAAGAGUAACCUGGAAAUGCUCUGGCUCUGGGGUGAAUUGCCGCAGGCUGCAAAGGCAUCUUCCCCACACAAAAUGAAGGACUCCAGCCCGUUAGGGAGCCGGAAGAUCCCUGAUAAAAUUCACUUUCAGGCCAUUCAUAGUGAGUCUUCAGACACUUUCAGUGACCAGUCACCAACCCUGGCCCAGGGGCUGCUGGUGAACCAGAGCAAGGCCCAGACAGAGAUGCAGUUUGUGAACGAGGAGGACCUCGAGGCCUUAGGAGCCGCAGCCCCACCUCUACCCGCGGCUGAAGAGCUCAAGCCCCCGGCUGCCAGCACAGCACAGACGACAAGCAAGACGGAUUCCCCUUCCAGGAAGAAAGAUAAACGGAGUCGACACCUCGGAGCCGAUGGCGUCUACCUGGAUGAUCUCACAGACAUGGACCCUGAAGUGGCAGCCCUGUACUUCCCAAAGAAUGGUGAUCCUGCUGGGCUCUCCAAACAAGCCUGCGACAUCGGAGCCAGGUCAGCCAACCAGUCCCCACAGUCAGUGGGCAGUUCGGGCAUUGACAGCGGUGUGGAGAGCACCUCGGAUGGCCUGAGGGACCUACCAUCCAUAGCCAUCUCCCUCUGCGGUGGCCUCAGUGACCACAGAGACAUCACCAAAGAUGCGUUUUUGGAACAAGCCGUGUCGUAUCAGCAGUUCGCUGACAACCCCGCCAUCAUCGAUGACCCCAAUCUAGUGGUCAAGAUCGGUAAUAAGUAUUACAACUGGACAACAGCAGCUCCUCUGCUCUUGGCAAUGCAGGCCUUCCAGAAACCUUUGCCAAAGUCUUCCUGCCUCAGUUACCUUCACGUGAUUUUGGAUGCCAUUAGGUUUUGCCUUUCUAAAAUUUUCAGUCCACCCACAGCCACUGUGGAAUCCAUCAUGAGAGAUAAGAUGCCCAAAAAGGGAGGAAGAUGGUGGUUUUCCUGGAGGGGAAGAAAUGCCACAAUCAAAGAGGAGAGCAAGCCUGAGCAGUGCCUGCCAGGGAAGGGCCACAAUACGGGAGAGCAGCCUGCACAGCUUGGCCUGGCCACCAGAAUAAAGCAUGAGUCAUCCUCCAGUGAUGAAGAACAUGCAGCUUCCAAGCCAUCGAGCUCAAGCCACCUCUCCCUCUUGUCGACCGUCAGCUACAAAAAGACCCUGCGGCUCACGUCGGAGCAGUUGAAAAGCUUGAAGUUGAAGAAUGGCCCCAACGAUGUGGUUUUUAGUGUCACUACGCAGUACCAGGGCACCUGUCGCUGUGAAGGCACCAUCUACCUGUGGAACUGGGAUGAUAAAGUCAUUAUCUCAGACAUCGAUGGGACCAUCACAAGAUCGGAUACUCUUGGUCAUAUUUUGCCCACACUGGGGAAGGAUUGGACCCACCAGGGCAUUGCAAAACUGUACCAUAAAGUAAGCCAGAACGGCUACAAGUUUCUCUACUGUUCAGCACGUGCCAUUGGGAUGGCGGACAUGACAAGGGGCUACCUGCACUGGGUCAACGAGAGGGGCACGGUGCUGCCGCAGGGACCACUUCUGCUCAGCCCAAGCAGCCUCUUCUCUGCCCUGCACAGAGAAGUGAUUGAAAAGAAGCCAGAAAAGUUCAAAGUCCAGUGCUUGACAGACAUCAAAAACCUGUUUUUCCCGAACACAGAACCCUUCUACGCUGCUUUUGGGAACCGUCCUGCUGAUGUGUACUCCUACAAGCAAGUGGGGGUGUCACUGAACAGGAUCUUCACUGUCAACCCCAAGGGCGAGCUGGUGCAGGAGCAUGCCAAGACCAACAUCAGCUCGUAUGUGAGGCUCUGUGAGGUGGUUGACCAUGUCUUCCCAUUGCUGAAGAGAAGCCAUUCCUCCGACUUCCCCUGUUCAGACACUUUCAGUAACUUCACCUUUUGGAGAGAGCCACUGCCGCCCUUUGAAAACCAGGACGUACAUUCAGCCUCCGCUUGAUACAUCCAAGCAUUAAAGGAUAGGUUGUGGGAACCCUGGAGCUGCUGGGAAGGCUGAUGUGCGGCCAUCUGCCUAGGAGAAAAGCAUGUCUCCCUGGACCCACCCGCCCUGGGGUGACGUUCUCAGCGUGGAGGGCGGAUGGAGGCUGCAUCUCAUCCCAUGGGCUACGCAAGGAUUGGGUGCACUAGCCGUGUGCAAAGCAGUCCUCUGUCUGGUUUAACAUACACAAUGCUGCUCUCUCCAGCUGUGCCAGCAGUUAGUGUGCAGUAUGGGUGGUGACCCCUUACAGAAGCAGGCGGGACACCUGAGAGCAGUCUCAGUAUCAGUGCGCCCCCCAGGAACUCUGGUGGGCAGUUUUUGGUAGCCUAAGAGGCACACUUCUAUGACAGUGACAUCCUUGCUGCCUCCACACAUAGGGAUAGGCUCUUUUCUGAGUCUGAGUGCUCUGAAGGGAACCUGGGCCUCACUAGGUCCCAGCCUUCAGGCUUCGACUUUAUAGACGGUCCUUUGAGGUAUCACUGACUUGGUCUUACUGUAGGUGUUAUGUUCUCUAACUGCUCUGGUUAAAGAUGGUCCAUGUCGCUGGUGCAUCUCUCCCUACCCCUCAUAGCUCAAGGCUGGGCUGUUUAUGCCUUAACACACCCGCUGCAGGCAUUUGCUUAGAGCGCACUGUUGAGUUCUCUGUAAGACGCUGUACGUUAAAAUGAUGGUCUCUAAGGCAGCGUCUCAUGUCUGCAUCCCACCCGCCAUCAGCCAGGAAGCACCACUAAAGGGGACUAGAGCAGCACCUAGGCCAUACGAAAAUGAUGCCCCUGAAGACAGCGGUUGGCUUUAAGAAAUGUAGUCUCCAGAGGUUAGGUUAUUUUCUUUGCAGAUAUUAUUUAUUACUUUGAUCUCAUCGGGCUGCUGUUGUGUGCAUCCUAGCCACAUCCUUAGGAUUGCAGCUGUCAUGAGUACAUUAAAGUUAAGUGUGCUAGACAAUCCAAAGAGCCUUAUUCUGUCUAUGUCACACACUGACCUUCUGGAAUUUCUGAACCAUUAAUUUUCCAUUCAGUCUAAGGGCAAGAAAAAAAAAAGGAAUUUGAGUGAUGUUCUUUAAGUUGAUAGAGGGUAGUAGUUGAACUGUCUCAGAAAAAUGUGAAAAAAAAGAAAAGUAUUUUGGUAAAAGAUUUUUGCUUUACUUUUGGAAGUUUUAUUUUUUUAAAGAAUGCUUUCCUGCUGAAAGAUCUUCCUAUUCAAAUCUCAUUGUUUGGGUCAGAAGAAACAAACAAACAAACAAAAAACCAAAACAAAAAAAAAGAAAGAAAAAAAGAAAAAGGGAAAAAAAGAAAGAGGGUGAAAAAAAAACCCAGAAUGGAUUGUUACUCUUUCUGUGAAAGAAAACCUAGUGUCAUUGCUGCUGUUGUAGUUGUUGGGUUCUGUUAAGGUCGGAUGUGGUUCACAUAGGUCAUAGGAAUGGACAAGAAAAGCACACCUGCUGUGGGCCGUAGGUGGAUGGAGGAACAUGGACUUGAGUGUGCAGGUUCCUUCCGGGAGCGAAGGAAGGAAGUAAGCAUAGUCCUGUCGCAGUGAGCUCAUGCGUGUCCUCUAGUGACCUUCAGAGGCCACAUUAGUCCUGCCACUGGAGUGUUUUGAGUGCAUUUGGAUCGCCAUGGACUGAGACGAACUCAUUGAUCUGCAGAGGCUCGUGGGCCUCUCCUGGGAGAAGCUUUGGAAUCUCCCUUCACCUGCCCUCUGCAGUCCUCUGUUUUCUGAGAGCUUACAAUGGCUGGAGUCAGGAUCUAUUUAUAUAACCAAGGCUGAUCUGCAACACAUGGUCUCAAACACACAGCAAUCCUCUCUACUGACUUGGGAAUCUAGUUUUGAAAUACCAUAAACCUCCCCAUCACUCCAUCAUGAAUUAGAGCACACCUUCCACAAAAACCAUACUCUGAAAUCCUUCCUGAGCUCCGUCCAGUUAGUGGUGUGAGCAAACACCUUCAGGGAGUUUCCCAUGCACGAGCCGAAUGUGAGCUGUGCCCAGGCUCACUCAAGUUGGCUUAUCUGCAUAUGCACUGUAACCCAGUGGCCCCAGGGUCACAUGCUGAAAUACUAUAUGAGUACCACACAUUUCAAAGUUGCUCGUGGAAAUGAGUGACUCAUUCCAUAGUGACAAGUCCUCAAAUGUUGGUCACACAGGGUGGAGAAUACCCCGGGCACAUUGCAGAGACAUGCUUCUAUUUUCGCAGAGAAUUCCCCUUUGGGUCUCAGGUUUGGAUCACUACUUCAGUGUGUUGUAUUUACAGCAUUGGCUGUGUGUUUGUGAAUGCCGGUGCAGUGAUGAAAAUCAAUGUAAUAUUUCAUCGUGUUGUGCUCGCUGCAGAACUAGAAAUGUCUGUAAUAAACGAAAUGGAUGAAGGACUUCAGAAAAUCA